GAGUCUGAGAGAUCAUAAGGGAAUUGCUGUUGGAAGAUUGUUUGGACUUUAUGGAUACUGGAGAAAAAUCAAUUAAGAUGACAGAGUGACUGGGGAAGAGAAUUACAGCAAUGACCUAACCAAAGAUACUUAGGAUGCAACAGCUGAAUGAAUGUGAAAUCUAAAACUAACAAAUAAAGCAAAAAGGAGGAAAUCUCCAACAAAGAACCAAAGCAACACAAACCUAAGGAGAAUAUACCAGACAACUCACCAAGAAACAAGAAAAGAAGCAAUUGAAAAGGAGGAGAGAAAGUGAUUGAGACAAGAUGAAGUUGGAGGCAUCUAUAGAGGACAUGAGUGAGUGGAGGGAGGUCGAUUUUGCACUGAACUGCACCUACAUUGUCCAUGACCAGGCGUCCGAACCUAACUUCAGUCUGCCCAAGGCCAUGACUUCCAUCCCACGGAACCUCACAUUCCAGUAUAGUGCAGACAACCAGGUAAUUGGUGUCUUCAGCAAAGAGUAUAUACCUCAGGGUACACGAUUCGGGCCCCUACAAGGCGUCAACUACACCAAAGACAAUGUUCCCCCUCAGACCAACAGGAAAUACUUUUGGAGGAUCUACAGUGGUGGGCAGCUACACCACUUCAUUGAUGGCUACGACGUGCAGCGCAGUAACUGGAUGCGGUAUGUCAACCCCACGCGCUCACUGGCCGAACAGAACAUGGUGGCCUGUCAAAAUGGCCAGGAGAUCUUCUUCUACACCAUCCGGCCCGUGGAGCCCAAGCAGGAGCUGCUGGUGUGGUACAGUGGGGAGUUCUCCCGAAGACUGUGUGGUCAGCCUGAGCAACCAGGCAGAGAGAAGCCAAAGCACAUACCUGAUAACGCAGGAUACGACUAUCAGAAGCAGCCCCUACCUCAGUAUACCUACUACCCUAAACAGCCCCCAACCCCACACAAACUUCAAAGUGAGGGAGAGGAAGAUGAAGUCGAAGUGGACGAAAAGAUUGACGUAGAGGUUAUCGAGAGGGACACGCCGCCUGACACACCAGACGAACAGGUUGUGGAUUUUAGCAAGAAGAUCCAUAAAGCUGCACCACCAGAGCCUAUGCAUUCUCCACAUUCCAAUCAAAGAGAGAUGAACAUGAGCACUCAUCCAUAUCCCACCCUUUCCCCACCUCAAGACCUUCCUCUCCACCUACAUGGCCUCUACGGUAAUCGAGAAGGCUUGAUCUCGUACCCUCUAUUGCCCUCACCAAGACCGCUACAAGCUCCAUAUCCUAUUUUAUCACCAUACAACCCCCAUUAUCAGCGCUUAUUGUUGCCUUCAUAUUCCCCUCCCUUUCCCUCCAUGUUGCCCUCAAAAGGAGGUCUCCGGUACAAUGGCUUCCUGAGUAGUGAUGGCUUGCCCUACACCUCUAUACCCCAACCUGGUUUGUUACCUGUUACAUUGCCUUAUCCUACCCCACUUCACGGAGGUCUGAAGGAAAGAAUCCCGAAUGCUUCACCCCAUGGAGCUCAUGCAACCCCUGAACUCUCCCCUCAGCCAAAGCAUACGCCCCAGCAAACCUUUCAGAAGACCUUCUCUGAAUGUGAAGAGGCCAUCAAUCUCAGCAUGGCUACACCCAAGAGCAUGUCACCGUCAUCCUCGUCCUCUCCGCCAGUCCCUGGGUACAAAUCUCUCCCGUACCCACUCAAGAAGCAGAAUGGCAAAAUCAAGUAUGAAUGCAAUGUCUGUCUCAAAACAUUCGGUCAACUCUCCAACCUCAAAGUGCACUUGAGGGUCCACAGUGGAGAGAGGCCAUUUCAAUGUAAUCUUUGCAAAAAGAACUUUACCCAGCUAGCCCACCUACAGAAACAUCACCUUGUCCACACAGGAGAGAAGCCACAUGAGUGCCAGGUGUGCCACAAACGCUUCAGCAGCACUAGCAACCUCAAAACCCACCUACGUCUGCACUCCGGGGAGAAGCCCUAUCAGUGCAAGCUGUGUGGUGUGAAAUUUACCCAGUACAUACACCUCAAACUCCAUCGUCGGCUGCACAGCUCUCACGACCGGCCCCACUGUUGCCAGGCCUGCAACAGGUGUUUCAUCCAUCGCUUCUCUCUGCAUCUCCAUCAGCGUUCAGGCUGCUUUCCGAAUGCCCGUCCAGAAAUCCCAGAACUGAGACGAGCGGUGGAGCUUAUAGAGUGCUUUGAUGCCAGUCACGAGGCUGAGGCUCUGCCUGAGAGUGCCGGAGAGUCUCAAGUGGAUGCCACCCUGGAAGAAUGGUUGGUGAGAAGUUUGGAGAGUGGCGAGGGGAAAGAGGACCUUGGAUUCCUCAAGGCUUUUGCUGCAGUACCACAAAGGGUGACUGCCAUCGGACAUCACCAGGAAAGAGCCAGUGUGGUACACUUCAACCAUCGGCCCUCUAUAAAGACAGAGGAGGAGUAGAUGAGGGAGAAAGUUGAAAGGAUGACAUUAUAGCUUUUUCAGGUCUUCCAGAAACCACAAAAAAAUUUUAUUUAAGCACAUGGCAUUCCCUAGUUGACACCAAAAAAAAAUGUAUUUAAGCACAUGGCAUUCCCUAGUUGACACCUCCCUGGUACACAGGGAUAAAUCAGAGAGAGGAAGAGUAAACCAAGCUAAUAAUAGAUGCAUCAAACAAAUAGUGUUUCCAAAGACUUGAAGAAUGUGUCAAGUGAUUGCACUUCCACUCUCUGACCUGCUUUAGGAUGAAGAUGUGAUUUAUAAUGUCCUCAUAUUUGUUUGGUUUUUAUUCUGAUGAGAGUCUGUUUGUUUGAAUUUGUCUUAACUUAUUACUGUCAAAAGUUUUUUUUUUUUUUUUUUUUAAAGAGCACUGUAUCAAAUGUUUUUUAAUACUUAUUUGUGUACUUCUCUUUUUUUAUGUAUGGCUUACUGUUGGGAUUUAUUUUAAAUGUUGGGAUUCUCAGGAAUAAUUUGUCAAUCCCUCUAUGGACACUAUGUGACAGUCCCAAAUGGAUUGGAUAUAUACUGUCCAUUCCAAGUGUGAUUUCAGUGUGUAUGUGUACAAAUUGUGUAUGUUUGAAUGAUUGUUCCUGGAUUUAAAUGACUUUAGACAAGAGCCCUUUUGAAAAUAUAAAAAGCUAUAUUGACAGUAGUGUCAGUAACUUUUUUAAUAUUUUCUAGGAUUUAUUCACUGUCAUUUCUGAGUUGCUUUUCAAAACUUUCUGUUUUCUUGUCAGCAAAUAGAUUUUAAACUCCUUUGACACUGAAAAGAAGACAUGCAUGACUUUUUAUUUAAUAUUUAAAUUGAGAGAAAGAUUCUUUGUUUUAUUAGUUUUAUUUUAUUGUUUGUUACUUGGUUGUGUCUACCAUUGCUUACUGUUGUCUCUUUAAUCCAAACAAGUAUUUUUAGCACUAUGAAAAUUUCCAAAUCAGUGUAGCUGGAAUUGAAUUUGCCAAUCAUCUCAGAUGAAGAUUGCAAUAGUUCUUCUUUUCUUUUUUUUUUCCUUUUUUUUUUUUUUUUUUUUUUUUUACUG